UCUUAUAUUUACGCUGUUAAGCAAUGUCAUAUAAUAAUGUUCACGACUGCCAAGGAGCUUGGGAUACCUGUGAUUCGAUUCGCAAAAAUUUGUUCCCGCAACCCUCAAAAAAAAAAAAAUCGCCAAACCGCAAAAUAAAAGUCCCGCAAAAAUUUCAUGCUAUUGCGUGAAAUUUCCAGAGAAAGUUUCCGGAAAAUACGAGAAUUGUUGAAUUUCCAAACUGCAACCCUUUCAAAAACCUUCAAAUGAAAAUUGCGGGAACCAGGAGCUCCUGUGGGAGCAAAUCCCGGUUAGAAAUUUAUGAAAAUUUGGAUAUAACUCACAAGGGUUUUCUCCUAGGGAUAAAAUGUAUCGCACCACACGCCAGCGGAAAUGUCUGGUAUUUAAAUAUGAUUUGGAACCUUUGGCGGCGUACAUUUUCCAAUACGGACCAGUACGGAAACAAAGUAAACUGGAAAAUGUGGGAAAUUUCCGCAUUUUCUGUCGAAUGAUCACUGCAGACUCCCUGUAGGGGACUCCCUGGCAGCAGACUCCGAUUCGAAACCCGACGCGAUGGUCUUCCGAAGGACAGCCGAAGCUGUGCUAAACCACGUGACUAUUAGUGCGACUAUUUGGCGCGAAUCUUUGCAUGCGUGAUCGAUUGACAAGAGUUUGGUCGCUUGCUCCGUUGGCCUGCACAUCGUGUACACAUUUUGUUUUGUGAAGUUUAAACCUGUAACAUCAACUUUUGCGUCCAUCCAUGCGGAUAAAAAUAUGAACCCAGUUUUAUCGGCGUUUGUAAAGUAUUGGAAGGGUGAUAGUGCACAUUCCCCUGCUGAUGAUCAAGCUACUUCCAGUGGAGAACAGGAAAUAAUGGAAUCAAGGAGUCAGAAGAAAACUGACAGCAGUAGUAUGUCACAACCUGUGGGUCAGACAAAUUUAGAUGUCAACAACAAUGAAAGCACAGAUUCUACUAAAGAAACAAACAAGGUGAAUAUUGAGGCAAGUCACUCAUCACUACUGGAAGAAGCAAAGGUGGACAAGAUUACUACAGCCAUGGAGGAAGAGGAAAGAGCUCUUCACAAAGAGACUUCAAGAGAACAGCAGCAAAUGAUGGAUAAGGCUGAAAAAGAGUGGAAGAGUGUGGAGGAUAAGCAAAGAUACCUUCGGCUACAGCUAUUAUUAGAGAAGUCAAACAUCUACUGUCAGUUUCUUCUUGAAAAAAUGGAAAGGCAGAAAUUGGAGGCAAGAAAGCAACAGGAAAAGACAGCACAUCAACUGCAGAAGAAACAGAACAAAGAAAAGGACUUAAUGCAAAUGGUUCCUCAGGCAGAAGGCCGAGUAACUAGAAGGGCUCUGAAGAAAUUGAAUGGCUCUGUUGAGUGUGUGCAGAGUGAGAAAGCCACCUCUAACAAAAGGAAAUCUACUGGUAAAAAAAGAAAAAUGGAAGAUUCGUCAGCCUACAUGAUAUCAGAGUAUCUUGACAAAGAGUCACUGACCAAAAGACACAAAGCAGCUGGGGAGGGAAAUGAAGAAACUGAAAAUCUUGCCAUGGAAUCCACUACUCUACAGUGUGUGCCAGAAAUGAGUGAUGGGGAAUUGGAGGAAAACAAGGCUGGCUGUUCCAGUUACAAUGAUGAUAAAUCAACAAUCCAACCAACAUUUGUUACUGGGGGAUCACUCAGGCCCUAUCAGUUACAAGGCUUGGCUUGGCUUAAGGUACUUUUUGAAAAUGGGAUGAAUGGUAUCUUAGCAGAUGAGAUGGGUCUUGGGAAAACAUUACAGUGCAUAUCAUUGCUGGCCCACUUGGUUGAAAUGGGGGUCCAAGGACCAUUUCUUGUCGCUGCUCCUCUCUCCACUCUUCCUAAUUGGGUUGCAGAAUUUCAUAAAUUUGCCCCAAAGAUCCCUGUGAUACUCUAUCAUGGUUCACAAGAGGAUCGCCUUCGUCUGAGAUACCAGAUGGAAAAGCUGAUACCAGUGGAAGGCAAAAUCUUUGCUUUUCCAGUGGUAAUAACUUCCUAUGAGAUUUGUAUGAGAGAUCAGAAAAGCAUGCAUGGCUUGGACUGGAAAUACAUAAUUGUUGAUGAGGGUCAUCGCAUUAAAAACCUGAACUGUAAACUAAUAAGCACUUUUUCUUUACGAGUGAAUAGGAGUGAAUGUAUUAGUGGCCAGCUUCAGAAGGUGAUUUUCAAAACAUCUGAAAUCGGGAUAGAACUUCAGCUUUUGACUGGAAAAGGGAAAUCAGCAGUCAGAUAUCCACAAAUGAGCUUGUCUGUGUUUAGUUUUCAGAGGUGGUUUGAUUUUAGCGCCAUCAAUGAGGAUGAUGGAAAUGAGAGGAUUAUUGAACAAGAGAGGGAGCAUCAAGUCUUACAGAGGCUUCAUGCUAUCCUAACACCUUUCCUUUUGAGACGCUUGAAGACUGAUGUUGAGUUGUCACUUCCACCAAAGAAGGAAGUUUUGGUUUAUGCACCAUUGACUCUAAAGCAGCAGACCUUCUACAAAGCUAGUUUAGACAAGACUCUCCCUGAUAUUGUUGGUGAUAAAAAGAAAACAGAUGGCCCAGUUGAGUGCAGUAGUACUGGACGAAUAAAAAGAAAGGGCCGGCAAGACAUCAGUUAUAAACUCUUUUUUAGUGACAACAUUGAUGAAGAUGAAAUGCAGGACUAUUAUUCAAGGCAAAACAACAGGAAUGUUGCCACCUGCACCAGUGCUCCAACUACAGUUGUAUCAGUCUGUAUGACUAAUAUCAUGAUGCAGUUAAGGAAGUGCUGUAACCAUCCGUAUCUGAUUGAAUGCCCUGUUGACCAGGAAACCUUACUGCGCAAGGUUGACGAAGAGCUGGUAACAAGUUGUGGCAAGACGCUCCUCCUUGAUCGAAUGUUACCUGAACUUAAAAAGAGAGGACACAAGGUGUUGCUAUUCUCACAAAUGACCCGUAUGAUGGAUAUCUUGGAAGAUUACUGUAUCCUACGGAACUAUGGCUACUCCAGGCUGGAUGGGCAAAUGAAAGUGUCAGACAGGCAGGAAGAGAUAAAGAAAUUUGAAGCUGAUCCAUCAGUCUUUGUAUUUCUGUUAAGCACAAGAGCUGGUGGGCUUGGUCUAAACUUGGCUGUAGCAGACACUGUUAUUAUCUAUGAUAGUGACUGGAAUCCUCAAAUGGAUUUGCAGGCUCAGGAUCGCUGUCACCGGAUUGGUCAAACGAAACCAGUUAUUGUGUAUCGUUUUGUGACUGCAAAUACUAUUGAUCAGAAAAUUGUCGAGAGAGCAUCCACCAAGAGGAAACUUGAAAAGAUGAUCAUUCACAAAGGUAAAUUCAAGGGCAAUCAAGACACAGCUGUUAUUGAUGGGAAGGAACUUCGUGAAUUGCUGGAGAUGAGGGACCAUGAGAAGGUAGUUUCCAGUGAAGAUCUGGUGAUGAGUGAUCAAGAUUUGAAGGCCCUGCUGGACAGGAGUGAUCUCUUGACUAAAACUACACAAAGCAAACAGAAGAAAUCUCCACGCUCCAAAAGAAACCAAAACUCUGGCUUGUUCCGUGUGCUGGACAAUAGUUCUGAUUCUUGAAGCACUUGCUCCUUUUGCAACAUCUUCUUUGUUUGAGAUUUUGUUACACUUUACUGGAAAUAACAUUACCUUUUGUGAUGAUAAUUUUUUCAUAGCUCUUUUUAUAGUUGGUUUUGUUGAUAUUAUAUUAUAUAAUGGUUUUGUUUGAACUCUUUUGCUGCAUUUUGUGUUGUACAUUUACUAUUUUUUUAAGAAUAAUUAUGGGAAACUUGAUAUUAAAAUUGAUUAUAUGGGCAUUUUGUAUUGUGUAUUGUGUUUUCGUGGUUUCAUUUGUGGUUGACGUGUUUGAAGACAAAAUGCGAUUUUCACGUAAUGAUAAACAAGUGAGGAAAACGGUUGUUUAAAAAGAACAAUAUCAAAAUAUGAAGACAUGACUGAUCAAUCAUGUCUCCGCAGUUCAAAUACAUGAUCUUUCAUAUAUUCACUUGUAUUCUUCACCAUCUAUGUGCAAAGUGACCAGCUCUCAGUUGGCUUGAUAACUCAUUUCGUAGAGAACUGCGCUGCUAUCGUAGACACUGGCAGAUCUAGUUGGGUGGUGCAGGGGGUGCGCACCCCCUUGAGAUGAAACCUUCUUCAUAUUCGCUUUUAAAUUUGUUUAUUCACCUGUCAGUUUACGCCAUUCCUUAAUGGUGCACCCCCUCCUAACAAAAAUUCUGGAUCCACCUCUGGCAGAAGUCGUGGGUUCGAAUCCCGUUCAAGCAGGUGACAUCACAUCACAUCACAUCCGUUGCAGCUUCCUUUAGUUAU